GCGUCGGAAUUUACGAACAAAAUCUUUGUUUAAUUCACUUCAACCAAUUUUGCUCUGUCUCUCUCACCGAAACUCUGAAACCAAACCCACUGUAAUGGAGAAACAGAGAAGUUUCUCCUUGAAAUCCACUGGAUUCUUGGUCUUCUCUUUAACAAUCUUUUCUUCUCUCAUCUUCUUCAUUUUCUUUUCUAUCUGGCUUAUCAACUCCCACCCUUCAAUUCACCAACAAACCCAUCUUCACUUCAACCGUUCAUCUCUCAAUCUAACUCACUUCGAUUUCACUACAAAUUUCUCCUCAAGAAGUGAUGCAGAUUCGUUUCUGAAGGAUACCCACGUGGGUAAUGCAUCUAGUUUCCACGAGUUUUCGAUUUUAGAGGAGAUCGAGGAACAAGAUGAUGAGAUUGAAACUACAGAGCCAGAAGAUAGUGAUGAUGUUGUAAUCAGUAAUUCUACAGAAGUGCGAGAGAGUGCACCUGGGCUGUCUUCUGAGGAAAUCGAAGUUGUUCAGAGCAGAGAGGAGGAGAACAGGGCAAAUUUAUCUGAGAAAAUUGAGCUUGUAAGUAGUGGGGGAAAUGAAGAGAAGAAGAUUAAAACUGCUUCGCUUCAUGGUAAUGAUGGCAGGAUUGAAGAGAAGAAGAUGAGACAAUGUGACAUUACAAAAGGGAGUUGGGUUUAUGAUGCUAGCUAUCCCCUGUACAACUCCUGUUCCUUCAUAGAUGAAGGUUUCAACUGUGCUGGUAAUGGAAGACUGGAUGGAGACUACAUGAAGUGGAGAUGGCAGCCUCAAGAUUGUGAGAUUCCGAGGUUCAAUGCCACAAGAAUGCUGGAGUUGAUCAGAGGAAAGAGACUGGUUUUUGUGGGGGAUUCAAUCAAUAGAAACCAAUGGGAAUCUAUGUUGUGUAUGUUAAUGGGAGCUAUAAGAGAUCCGAAGAGGGUUUAUGAGACUCAUGGCCGAAGAAUCACCAAGGAAAAGGGGAAUUAUUGCUUCAAAUUUGUGGAUUACAAGUGUACAGUUGAAUAUUAUGUGUCUCAUUUCUUAGUUCACGAGAGCAAGGCUAGAAUAGGGCAUAAGCGGAAGCAAACUUUGCGAAUUGAUGCAAUUGAUCGUGGUUCAUCAAGGUGGAGAGGAGCUGAUAUCUUGAUCUUCAACACUGCCCAUUGGUGGUCACAUUCCAAAACAAAAGCCGGGAUCAACUAUUAUCAGGAAGGGAACCAAGUGCAUCCCCAGCUUGACGUUUACACAGCCUUUAGAAGAGCUUUGCUAACCUGGGCAUCUUGGGUUGAUAAACUUAUUAAUCCACGCAAAACACAUGUUUUCUUCCGAAAUUCAGCUCCUUCUCAUUUCAGUGGAGGACAGUGGAAUUCAGGUGGCCACUGUGGGGAAGCUACUUGGCCGCUUAAUGACACUUCAAGCAUGAGCUACCCUGAGAAGAAUAAAAUCGUGGAAGACAUCAUAGCUCAGAUGAAAACUCCAGUAACUUUGCUGAAUGUAACUCGUUUAUCUGCAUACAGGAUAGAUGGUCAUCCAUCAAUAUACCGGAAAAAACCAGUGGAUCUCCGUUCUUCAAGCAUUCAAGACUGCAGCCAUUGGUGUCUUCCCGGGGUUCCAGAUACGUGGAAUGAAUUGUUGUAUUUUCAUUUGCAAUCAAAGCAAGGGAAUAGAUUUCACAUUAGGUAGUUCCUUUCCUCACCUUGUAUAUUCAUCCAAUUCUUUUAGUUUGUUAGUUUGUCAACCGGCCCAAAAAUGUAAGGAAAAAAAAAAGUUUUGUCCAAAUUUGAUUGAACUUCAUGGUUCAUUUCAAUCUUUGGUACAUGUAUUCAGGGGAAAAAAUAAAGAAAAAAAGAGAAC